GAUCGACCGUUCUGACAAGCAAAAGUAGCAGUGGAGGGAGAUGGAAUUCCGUCCAGAUUCCAAUAAGAGGGGGCGAUAGCUUGGAAAUAGGAGGCCGACUUGGUAUCGAUAGAUUGAAGAUGACAUGACCUUUCCCCUUUCGAUUCCUGGACUCUCUCCUCCCAUGGAUGAUCUGAAGACGACGACCUCUCCUCGCUCGCCAGAUCCCGAUCCCCAUCCCGAUCACUCGUCUCAACCUCCGAAUUCGUACGCGGCUGUCGUGAUCGGCGGCACCUUUGACAGACUACACCAGGGCCACCACCUGUUCCUCAAGGCAUCCGCGGAGCUUGCGAGGGAGCGCGUCGUCGUGGGGGUUUGUGAUGGACCCAUGUUGAGCAAGAAAAAGUAUGCUUUCCUAAUAGAACCAGUUGAGAAGCGCAUGCAAAGUGUGAAGGACUACAUUAAGUCCAUCAAGCCUGAGCUGACGGUGCAAGUCGAGCCAAUCAUGGAUCCAUAUGGUCCAUCCAUUGUAGAUGAAAAUUUGGAGGCAAUUAUUGUGAGUAAGGAGACAUUGCCGGGAGGAAUUGCUGUUAACAGGAAGAGGGCUGAGAGAGGCUUAUCACAAUUAAAGAUUGAAGUGGUGGAUUUAUUGCCAGAGGAAUCUACAGGAACCAAGAUAAGUUCUUCAACACUUCGAAAAAUUGAGGCUGAACAAGCGAUCAUCAAUAAUCAGCAAUAGCAACAUCAACAACUAACACUUCGAAAAAUUGAGGCUGAACAAGCGAUCAUCAAUAAUCAGCAAUAGCAACAUCGACAACUAUCACAUUCAGAGUGUCCUACAUAGAUACUACAAAACUACAUUCAGAGUGUCCUACAUAAAUACCCUACAAAACUUUUCGACAAGGACAUAUGUUCGAUUGUUCAAAGUUGUGCCGCAAAAGCUUACAUCUUGUAGUAUCCUUUUUACACACAGGAAGCAGAUAUAUUUACGAGUGUACUUUCCACUAUUGUAGUAAUUUUAUUUCUACAACUUGUCAACUAAAAAGCUGUAAUUGUGAAUUUCACAAAUUCAAAUAAACAUUUUUAUAUGUUAGAAA